AUGUAUAUCCUCCUCCUGUCAGCGCUCAUAGCCAGCGGUUUCUUCCUCCACCUGUACCGCGCCGAAGCCGCACUCUCAAUACCAUGGGUUCCCGACCGCUCGGCGCGGCUCUUCAGCCAGCGUGGGCUGCCACCGCCACUCGAUGACACAUUCCUCUCGUCUCCAGAGUACCGGCUACCACUCCGCACGCGUGGACGCGACAUUGUCGACCAGCAAGGGCGGCGGUUCAAGCUGUCGAGCGUCAACUGGUACGGGGCAUCGGACGAGCUCUUUAUUCCCGGCGGGCUGGAUGUGUGCCACCGCGACGAGAUUGCGCGCACAAUACGCAGGAUGGGCUUCAACUCGGUCCGCCUGCCUUACAGCGACGAGAUGGUCAUGACCAACCCGACCAUCCUGCCCCACCUGCUGAGCGCCAACCGGGACCUGGUGGGUUCGCGCGCGCUCGACGUGCUCGAGGCCGUCGUCGAGGCCCUGACGGCACAGGGCAUCGCAGUCAUCGUCAACAACCACAUCACGAGCGCCACGUGGUGCUGCGGCGCCGACCCCUGCGAUGCCGGCUGGGCCAACGACCACUUGCCGCCUAUGAUGUGCCGCGUCCGGCAGACCGAGGAGCAGUGGGUGCAGCACUGGGAGGAGGUGAUGCGCCGCUUCGUCGGCAACCCUCUCGUCGUCGGGGCCGACCUGCGCAACGAGGUACGCGGCGUCUGGGGGACCAUGACGUGGGACAUGUGGGCGAGGGCUGCCGAGCGAGCCGGCAACGCGCUGCUCAAGUUGAACAAGGACUGGCUGAUCAUUGUGGGCGGGACCGAGUCCGGCAAUGACCUGACGGGCGUCGCCAAACGGCCGGUCGUGCUCGACGUCCCGGACCGCGUCGUCUACUCGGCCCACGUUUACUCGUGGAGCGGGUGGGGCAGCCUGGAAGGGAGGUACUCGAAGCGGACCUACCCGUCGUUUGUCCAGGCGAUGCGCAGAAACUGGGCGUACCUGGUCGAGGGCGACAUUGCGCCCGUGUGGGUCGGUGAGUUUGGCGCGCCCGACAAGCCCGGGCAGGGCGACGCCAACUACUGGGCGAACCUGCUGCGCUACCUCAAGGCCAUCGACGCCGACUUUGGGUACUGGGCCAUCAACCCGCGGAAACCAAAGGAUAACGAGCAGGAGACGUACUCGCUUGUUGAGGACGACUGGGUCACGCCCGUACUGGAUUACCGGAUGAAGGACUUGACAGAGCUGAUGCGGGCUGGCAGGAAACUGGUGAAAGAGAGGGACUAUGCAUGA